GCUCCGCGUCCAAAGAUCAGCUGCAUGUCGCUGAUUUGGGGGAGCUGCGACAACCGCUGGGAUGGCGACUGGGCUGCGGUACGCGGACAAGGUCGUCAUAGUAACCGGGGGCACCCGCGGCAUUGGUGAAGGCAUCGUGAGAGAAUUUGUUCUCCAAGGAGCCAGAGUGGUCUUCUGUGCCCCAGCAUCUGAAGGGGAACGGGGGAAAGCGCUUCAGCAGGAGCUGGAGGAUUGUCGGGGUCCCGGGGAAGCCCGUUUUGUGGUCUGUGAUGUCUGCUCUGAAACAGACAUUAAGACUCUGGUGUCAGUGACCAUGGAACUUUAUGGACGCCUUGACUGCCUGGUGAAUAAUGCUGGAGGCCAUCCUCCGGAGCAAAGGAUAGAUGAUGUGACUGCAAAAGAGUUCCGCAGCCUCUUAGACCUCAAUCUUGUAAGCUGUUUCUUAACAUCUAAGUUUGCACUAACUCACCUCAGGAAAACAAAAGGGAACAUUAUCAACAUCUCCAGCCUCGUCGGCAUCACUGGACAAAAGUAUGCGGUGACAUACGUUGCCACCAAGGGUGCUCUUACAGCAAUGACAAAAGCUAUGGCCAUAGAUGAGAGCCAAUACGGUGUCCGAGUCAACAGCAUCUCACCUGGCAAUAUCUGGACACCCAUGUGGGAGAAGCUUGCAAGCCAGACAGCCAAUCCAAAAGCAACAAUCCAGGAAGGCAAAAAUGCUCAGCUCCUGGGACGGAUGGGCACCCCGGCAGAGUGUGCUGCAGCCGCUCUGUACCUCGCCGGUGAUGCCACCUUCUGCACUGGGACCGACCUUGUGCUCAGUGCUGGGGCUGAACUUGGAUACGCGCAGAAGAGCCGUCAAGGUCCCAGUUCUGGACCUGAAGACUAGAAGAGCGAGAGGCUGGGGAGAGCUGCUAGAACUCCAGCGCUGAUGCACUCAGUCAUCCUUCCCCAAAGAUGGCAUACCCCCCAGGGGAACGGCAGUCAUCUGCUUCAGCCAAAACAAGAAAGCAGCCUGUAUACUUUAAAGAUUUAACGCAUUCAGGCAUGCCACAGUGUGGAAGAGGACUCUUCCUCUCGCCCCUGCAGGCUCGCUUGCCCUCCUGUAACUGUUGGGGGGCAGGCAGAACGAAGCUUGUCUGCAGUGUCAUGCAAGGAAAAGCUGCGCCAGCUCAACUUGGUGCCUGCCAUGGAACUAAAGGCACAAGGAGCCUUAUCAGGGAGAAAAAGGGGUGGUCCCGUUGUCUUCAGGCCCUGACAUAAAAAAACAGGUUCUGCAACUAAUCCCCAAAGUUGGGAAUUAAACUCUUGAUAACACCGCAUAAUGUUUUUCACACGAUUGUGGUCAAGGUGAGCUAGACCUUGAAGCUGAUUUUUUUAAGGUUGGUUAAAAGGAAAUGUUUAACUUCCACCUUUUGAUCAGUGACCAUGAAAGUUCCUAUCCUGAAUGCAAUCUGUAGAAGAAAGAUGCCUUACAUUUACUGUG